AUAUCCUUCCUUAUUUAUCAAAAAUCGCUGGGUCUGUAGAGCCCAAAAUGUGACACUGGCAUCCUUGCUCGACAAAUCCUGGCCACAUUAUUGUGACGUUUUGCAUGCCGUCAGACCAUCUGUCAUUCCGAGUUUUCCUCCACUUACGCUAUAAGCUUAAUUUCUGGCAUUUAUCUAUUGUAAUAUCAGACAUAUUUUAUACAUUAAUAAACAAGUGUUAAUUAUGGCUUCUAGUGAGACGUCGGAUCAAAAUGUUAAGUCUCGGCGGCCCGCAGAAUCUGCAUUUAAACAGCAGCGACUGCCUGCUUGGCAGCCCAUACUUACUGCCGGAACUGUACUACCAACGUUUUUUGUGAUUGGGAUUGCAUUUAUCCCAGUUGGGAUUGGGCUCCUAUACUUCUCAGAUGAGGUCAAAGAGCAUGUAAUAGACUACACAAAUUGCAUUAGAGAAGGUGAUGAAAGCAACACAACAUGCGCUACCUAUAUACAGAAUAAGACUAUGUCAGAAUGCCAAUGUUCAAUCUCCUUCAAUCUCACCGAGGAUUUCAAGGGAGAUGUCUAUUUCUACUAUGGACUUAGCAACUAUUACCAGAAUCAUCGUCGAUAUGUUAAAUCAAGAGACGACAACCAGCUGCUUGGGCGGCUGUCGCUGACGCCGUCGUCGGACUGCGAGCCCUUCGCAUACGUCACCGAGAACCCCAACACGCCCAACGCCAGGAAGAUACCCGUGGCGCCCUGCGGGGCUAUAGCCAACUCCUUGUUCAACGACACGCUGACGGUGUGGUCGGAGGACCUGGGCCGGACCGUGCCCGUGAGCCGCACCGGCAUCGCGUGGGACUCCGACAAGACCAUCAAGUUCCGCAACCCGCCCGGGGACCUCAAGACUGCGUUUGCCAACUUCAGCAAGCCGGCUAAUUGGGCCAAGAACAUUUGGGAGUUGGAUUUGGAAGACGACAAUAAUAACGGUUUCCAGAACGAGGACCUAAUCGUGUGGAUGCGCACGGCGGCGCUGCCGACGUUCCGCAAGCUGUACCGGCGCGUCAAGCACGACGAGCAGGGCUUCGCCACCGGCCUGGUCAAGGGCCUCUAUACUCUCAAAGUCGAAUACAGAUACCCGGUGACCGAGUUCGACGGCAGCAAGUCGUUCGUUAUCUCGACGACGUCGCUGCUCGGCGGCAAGAACCCGUUCCUGGGCGUGGCCUACAUCGUCGUGGGCACGCUGUGCCUGCUGCUGGGCAUCGUGCUGCUCGUCAUACACGUGCGGUGCUCCAAGAGUACCACCGAGAUGAUCAACGUGAACCCCCGAACACCGUACUCCUAAACGAUGACGUCUCAGGUAACGCUACUAAGCAGAAUCAAUCCGUCUCUAUCUACAAAGUAGUGCCAGAAUGGGACGAAUAAUAUCUUUAUCAUCAUAGGCCGCUAGGUCUAAUAGAAAACGAUAUCAGUAACAAAAUGAAGUAAACGUCAAAAAUGUCAUAAUUAUAAUUGGAUGGUAGUGCUAAUAAUAAAACCGGCGUGUGGGGUUCCGUAGUUGCUCGUCCGUCAUAAUAGGCAGAGUUCAAGAGGAAUGUGGAGGACCCGCACGAAAUCGUUUUUUCACACAAACGUAGUCCCCAUUUUCCUCUCUGGAUAUUAACAUUGUUGAAAAUAUUUUGACACAAUUGGUUGUAUAUCAACAACAGCUAUGCCCGUAAACGAUGAUUUUUUUCAAAUUUUAAAUUUUUGUAAGAGUUUAGAGCAUUUAAAAAUGGUUUGAAAUUUGUUUUUCGCUACUAUUUUUUACAAUAAUAAAAAAAAUUAACUUAGGGGCAUAGCUAUGGUUAAAAUACAUGGAAUGUCAAUAUCCAGAGAGGAAAAUGAGGACUACGCUUGUAUGGAGAAGCGACCGUCCCCUUUCCUCUAAAAGGCAAAUUCCUAAUUGAAUAUGGAACCCUUAUUUUUGAAUUGUUUUAUCAUUUUGCUACUGAUAUAGUUGGCUAUUCCACUUUAAAGUGCAAAACACUUAACACCAAUCAACGCAACGAUGCCUUUCUAAAACUGCUGUACUACCAAAGAGUUAGUUAAACAAAACUGAAAAGUUGCGUAAAAUAGAGUCGCUAGAUUGCCCCAAACACGUUUAUUAAUGUUUGAAAGUUGCUACUAUUUUUAGGGUCUGUUUCAUAAUGUCCAAGUCCUGCAUAAGCUACUUGCCAUUAAUUACAGCACACGAAUUUCUGAUCCCCCCCCCCCCCUCCUUGUCACACCUGGUCACAUUUGGCAACCCCCUCCCCCCUGGUGUGACGUCACAUAUUUGGAAAUCUUGUUAUUAACGAAAUUAUUAUUGAGUUAAUAGCAAUUUAAAAAUUUCACGCAUAAAAACUAUAUAUCGUUGCAAAACUAGUUAUUUAGCUGUACUGGGAAUACAAAAAAAUCUAAACAGUUUUUGUAUACAAGUUAAGUGACAUCACACAGCUGUUCACUCCCCCUCCCUCAUGUCACAUUUUCUGUAGCCCCUCCCUCCGCCUAAACGUGUGACGUAAUUAAUGGAUGACCCCUGACGAAUAUAGUCAUCGUUGGCGUUUCACAAUCCUUAAAAAAAAAAUUAACUGGUGGCAAAGAUACAUUGUUUGAGUCAGAUGCGAAAAUCUAAGACAAUUUCGUGCUUCGAAUUUGACAGGUAAACAAGAUGGCGCUGUACAGCUCCAUACUUGCGGUAUCUCUGAUUGUCAAAAGUUGACGUUUGAUAAUUCAGUGACCGCAAAACAAAUGGCGUAGUACAGCGGCACGUAGUACGGGGCACGUUCUUAGGGUUCCGUACCAUAAAGGUACAGAAAGAACACUUAUUUUCUUACCCCCUUAUUCAUAAACGUCUACUAAAGUUACGAAGCCGCUAAUAAUCGUUUGUCAGGAUGGAAAGGGACAAACGAUUAUUAGCGGUUUCGUAACUUUAGUAGACGUUUAUGAAUAAGGAGGUUAGGGUUUACCUCUCCAUUACAAUCAAUGCUCUUUACUGGUAGAUAAGGUGCUAAGUUUUGAAGGAAGUUUUAUCUGGCAGUUAAUUUAUUUGUUAGUUAGCUAUCCAAUACUUUGCUCAGGCUUUGUGAAACAGACCCUUAAUGACAAAGUACUCUGUUAUAACCUUUUUGCUCUCAGUACCCCUAGUGUAACUUUGAUCGACAUCAUAACGUGACGAACGCGUUUGCGUUAAGUCUCAUUUUGUAUAGGAUUUUGAGUUUCCAAAACGUCCCGCUUGGCGCGCUCUUUCUAAAUCCAAUACAAAAUAAGACUAAACGCAAACGCGUACGUCACGUUUCGAAAUCGAAUUUAUUUACACUAGGGGUACUGAUCCUUGAAACUUUUACUGUCAAGUAUAUAAAUUUUAUUGUCAAGUACAACUAUUAUCAUUGACAUAUACUAAAAAGUCGCACGUCCAUGUUUUAUUUUGAUGAAAUUUAAAAAGGUAAAUUAAAAUACCUGAUAAUGUAUAGAGGCCACGUAAGAAUACGAUUUGCUUUGCAGUUUGUCCAUUUAUCCCUUUAUUUUAUUUACAGUUUUGUAAUUAAAAAUGAAAUGUCAUUGAGAUUUAAAAUAAUGAAAUGUAUUAUUUCAUGUAUGUGGUUGUGCGUCGCCCCUUGAAGGGCGUCCAUAGGCACAUGGCACACUGCAUCAGAUUUGCACGUCGCUGCGAAGUUAGAGCGAGACAACGGUAUUUGCGUAUUAUAGCGUGCAAAUCGGAAGCAGUGUGCCAUGCGCCAUAGGCUACGAUAAUCGCUUUUUGUAAUCGCUUACCAUCCGGUGGGCUGUAUGUUUGAUUAUUUAAUUAAUAAAAAUUACUAGCAAACAUUCUACACUAUUAACGAGUUAAUGAAAAAUUAAAAAUUGCACAAUUUCAUAUUAUCGAUUUAAAAAGUACUCGUAACAUCAAGUUCCUUAUUAAUGUUGAUUAAUUAUUGCUUGAUUAACUAAUCAACUUUUGUGCAGGAUGUGGGUAUUUAAAGUUUAUAUUUUACAUAUUUCUACAUUUUAUGUAGAAAUGGUAUAUUAACAAAUUAUUUGGUGUGUUUAACUGUUUAAGUAUUGUUUAAUUGUAAUAUGAAAUAUUUCAGAAUUAUUGCACAUGAUACUUAAAUAAAUUACACGUAGACGUGUUAGAUUUUUGUUAAUUUUUUAAAGUAGAUGCGAACAUAAAUAUCGGCUUCGUAUAUAAAUUGAUUAUAAUGCAUUUGCUAAAUAAUGAAUUGACGGUACAGUCAAAGUAAAAAUAGCUUAGGCCUACCACUUGAUGGAGGCGGUUGGGAAGAAGAUUACAAUAAAUAUUUUAAUUAAACUUGUCGCAAAACUAAGUGGCGUGUCAGGUCAUAAUGCCAUCUCUUUCACCCUUGAUUGGUCUUAACAAGAGAGAUAGUAUUAUGAUCUCAGUCGCCAGUUAGUUUUGCGACAAGUAUAGACUAAAACUUAAAACCAAGCUACUGCUAGAAAACCACCGCGCAACAACUUUGCCAAUCUCUCGAGUUAAGUGAUAGGCCUUUACAUGCGAAUCUGUUAAGUAAAUUAACAAGUAUUGUGUUGAUAUGGUUGCAUUUGAGUUUGUAGACAUAUGUGACACAAAGAGGCGGCCUGUCACAUAUAAAUAUAUGUGACAAGCCAAAAUUUUAAAAGAAAAUUUAAAAAGAAAGUAAAUGUUUUCCCGCCAAACAUUGUCUAUAUAUAGUUUUAAAAAGUAUAUAUGAUUGGCCACCUCUUUGUUUCAUAUUUGUCUAUUGCAAAACUUAUCUAGUGACCUAUUUAAAAGACAUAUUCAUGCGAUUUGCGCUAUCGUAAAAGGAUAAGUUCCUUUUGAUUUUUUUGUAUCUCGCUCUUUACUUAAAAUUGAAGUGAUGCUAACUUGCGAUUUAUUUAUCAAAAUAUUUUUUUAUUUAAAAUAAUGUUAGUUUAUUAGUAUUAAACUUAAAUAAUAAAUGUUAAUGAAUUUUAUUAUAUACUAAUUAAGAUUUCAAGUGCCUUCUUGUUCACAGUAGACGCUUUUGUGUAAUAUUCGAGCAUUAUUUCCAUUAUUAUCGAUCGUAUCGUAUUUGUAGCAUUCUAAUUAGCAUCAUAAAUAAAUUAAAAGAACGAUUUAAUAGAGUGCAUUUAUCUAUAAAAAAAGCGCGCUAUCGAUUAACCCUUUUCCUGCGCAAGACGCGAUCACGCAGAAAGCCAAAUAUUCAUUGUAUCAGAUCCACAUCUUAAAAUCUAAGAUAAAAUAGUGCGCUCGAGUUUAAUAGCUGAAGAUGGCGCCAUCUGUACGUCACGCGCAAUUGGACAACGUUAACUUUUGGCAACCAGAGUGACUGAAUAACGUACUCGUAUGGAGUCGUGCAGCGCGAUUUACAUUAGCUAUCAAAUUCGAACCACGAAGUAAUUUUUGACUACACAUCUAUGGGUCUUUGCAGAAAAUCAAUGUGACGACUUUUUCGGUUUACCGGUUUCAAUACGCAACGGUUUUAUUAAAACGCGCGCAGUGAAAGGUUACAUAAUGUGAACAACUACCCGUACCUAAAGUCAUAAAUAUAGUAUAAGAGAUAUAAUAAUACCUAUGAAUAUUGUAAUAUUGGAGCACUUGGACCAAAUCAUGAAAUAUAAUAGCUUUUGAUAUGUAUGUAUAAUGCUUUUAUUAUUUACUAAGUCAGUAUUAAUGCCCUCUGGAUUCUAAACAAUAAGACAAUAGAAUCAAUGGAUUUUUCCAUAUUUCAUUUUUUUUUACAGUAAAUUGAAAACGUAUUGAUCUCCAUAAACAUUGUUUAUCUCGCUUCAAGUACAAACUUGUAUUAUGUAUACUCGUUAAAUGUGGAUGUUAUGUUAUGUACUGAAUUGUUUGCCUCAAACCAGUUCGACUUAAAUAAACAAUAAGAUUUUCAGACACUAUGCGCCAGGGAAUGCAAUGUUUAUAGAUAACAAUAAAAUUUAAAUCCUUACAAAAUAAUGAUUAACCUUUUUUAUGUGUGUGGUUAAAAAACAUGAGUUCAAACUUCGGUCAUUAAAAAAAUGAUUUCGAAAAAAAAGCUAAAAAAUCGGUCAGGAUCAUAAACAGACGAGAGGUUAAGAAUGAAGCGAAAAACGAACUACAAAAUUAUCAUAUUACAUAGACAAAGGCGUAAAGUAGUGCGAAAUAUUGUAGCUACAAUAUUGAGAGCUGGAAUAGAUGGCGCUGUACGGCGACACGCUUUGUGGUGCACAGUCCAACGUUAGCUACCCCAUAACGUACGGGGCCGUGCAGCGCCAUAUACUUUGGUUGACAAAUUUGUCACAAUUUGUUUUGCACUAUUUUAUUUGUCUGAGAUACAUUUUAAUCAACUUUUGUUAAAUAAUUAACGUAAUUUAUUAUAAUUAUUUCUGUAUGUACAUUUAUUUUGCAAUUCGGAAUUAACUACACUUAUUGGAUCUCUAGGUACAAUAUGUAUUGAAUAUUUUAGAUCAAUGUUUUUAUGUCUUAGGAUUAGUUGUUACAUAUGAAAUAAAUGUUUAGAUAUUUAAAGAUAAGAA